AUGUCAAUCAAGACUUUGAAUGUGAGGAACUUCUUGUUGCUCAAACCCUGCAAGCUAUGCACCUUCUGUCGUUCCACCCGUCACACCACCUGUCACACCAACAGUCACGUCACCUGUCGUACCAACAGUCACAUCACCUGUCGUACCAACAGUCACACCACCCAACGCGCCACCCGUGGCACCCUCUUUCGUACCACCCGUCUCACCCUCAGUCGUACCACCAGUCACACCACCUGUCACAUCACCCAUCUCACCCUCUGUAGUACCACCCGUCACACCACCACCACCUGUCGCACCCUGUGUCGUACCACCCAUUGCGCCACCCGUCACACCACCCAUGGCACCCUCCGUCGUACCACCUGUCACACCACCCGUCUCACCCUCUGUAGUACCACCCGUCACACCACCACCACCUGUCGCACCCUGUGUCGUACCAGCCAUCGUGGCACCCUCUGUCAUGCCACCCGUCACACCACCUGUCGUACCACCCGUCACACCACCCGUGGCACCCUCUGUUGUACCACCUGUCACACCACCCGUCUCACCCUCUGUCGUACCACCCGUGGCACCCUUUGUCGUACCACCCGUGGCACCCACUGUCGUACCACCCAUCACACCACCCAUCUCACCCUCAGUCGUACCACCCGUGGCACCCUCAGUCCUACCACCCGUGGCACCCUCAGUCGUACCACCCGUGGCACCCUCAGUCGUACCACCCGUGGCACCCUCUGUCGUACCACCCGUCACACCACCCAUUUCACCCUCUGUUAUACCACCGGUGGCACCCUCAGUUGUACCACCUGUGGCACCCUCUGUCGUACCACCCGUCACACCACCCAUUUCACCCUCUGUCGUACCACCCGUCACACCACCCAUUUCACCCUCAGUCGUACCACCCGUGGCACCCUCUGUCGUACCACCCGUGGCACUCUCAGUCGUACCACCCGUGGCACCCUCUGUCGUACCACCCGUGGCACCCUCUGUCGUACCACCCGUGCCACCCUCAGUCGUACCACCCGUGGCACCCUCUGUCGUACCACCCGUGGCACCCUCUGUCGUACCACCCGUCACUCCACCCAUUUCACCCUCUGUCGUACCACCCGUGGCACCCUCAGUCGUACCACUCGUGGCACCCUCUAUCGUACCACACCCCUCUCACCACCUGUCGUACCACCUGUCAUACCACCUGUCGUACCACCCGUGGCACCCUCUGUCGUACCACCCGUGGCACCCUCUGUCGCACCACCCGUCACACCACACAUUUCACCCUCUGUCGUACCACCCGUGGCACCCUCAGUCAUACCACCCGUCACACCCACCCAUUUCACCCUCUGUCCUACCACCCGUGGCACCCUCUGUCGUACCACCCGUCUCACCACCUGUCGUACCACCUGCCACACCACCCGUCUCACCCUCUGUCACACCACCCGUCGUACUUCCUCCUCCUCCAUUUAGUGCGAGCAUCAGUCCUUUUUUGGCCUUUGAUCGUCUGGUGGUGUCUUACUUGUGGGAUGUUGAGCAGAAACAUUGACUAGUUGUAUGUGCCAUAGUUAGUUAGUUAGUUAGUUAACUAGUUAGCUAGCUAGUUAGUUAGUUAGUUAGCUAGUUAGCCAGUUGGAGUUAACUAGUCAUGUCUAGCCGGGUGUUGGGGACAACAAUCAAUACUCGGGACGAUGACAAAUAAAUAACAUUAAUAGGAACAGUCUUAGUUUUGCAGAAAUGCGCUAACAGUUAGCAUGUAGCAAGUUAUACGGUGCACGGUAAAAAAAAAAGGGCUUUAAUAGUUAGCAUCUACCUGUUAGCAAGUUAUAUGACUCUGCGGUGUGUAGGGGUAGGAAUUGGUUUUAAAAAGUUAGCAUGCUAACAGGUAGCAUAAUCUGACGUAGCAAGUUGUAUGACUCUCAAGGCGUACGGCUGCAAAAUUGCCUGAAAAAGUUAGCAUGCUAGCUGUUAGCAUGUGCCACCUACCAACUUAUACGUAAUGUGCACGGCUGAAAAAUUGGCCGACAAAUGUAGCAUCCAACAGUUAGCACGUGUCACGUACCAAGUUUUGACUCUGCGGUGUAUCGGGGUAAAGUUGGUUUAAAAUUUUAGCAUGCUAGCAGUUAGCAUGUGUCACGCGCUAAGUUGUAUGACUCUGAGGUGCACAGCUGCAAAAUUGGCUAAAAAAAACAAAACGUAACAUGCUAACUGUUAGCAUGUGAGUUAUACAUACAGCUGAAAAAUUGGCUUGAAGUUAGCAUUUUACAGUUAGCAUGUAUCACGUACAGUCAUAUGACAAAAUUGGUUAAAAAAAAAAGUUAGCUUGCUAAAUUGAGCGUGUUAGCAUUUAGCACGCUAGCUGUUAGCAUGUGCUAUGACUCUGAGGUGUACAACUGCAAAAUCACAUCACGUUCCAAGUGAUAAGACUGCAAUGGUUAAAAACUUUUGCAUGCUAACAGUUAGCAUUAUGCAACGUAUCACGUUAUAGGACUCCGCGAUGUAUGGUGGUAGUGUUAGCUAAUGAAAAGGUUAGCAUGCUACUAUUAGCUCGUCAGCAUUUAGCGUGCUAGCAGAUAGCAUUUGUUACGUACCAAGUUCAAUGACUCUAAAGUGUUUGUCUGUAAAAUUUGUUUUUUUGAAAAGUUUGCAUGCAAACUGUUAGCAUGUGUCACAUACCAAGGUAUACGUAAGGUGUAUGGCUGAAAAAUUGGCUUGAAGGGUUAGCAUCGGACAGUUAGCAUGCGUCACGUACCAAGUUAUGUUACUCUGCGGUGUGUGGCGGCAAAAUUGGUUAAAAAUGUUAGCAUGCUAACCUUUAGCGUUAUGUAAGUACCAAGUUAUACGACUCUUCAGUUUAUAGGGGUGAAAUUGGCUAUAAAAGUUAGCAUGCUAACAUUAGCAUGCGUCAUGGACCAAGUUCUUUGACUCUAAGGCAGCUACAGCUGCAAAAUUGGCUGGAAAACUUAGCAUGCUAACUGUUAGCGUGUGUCACGUACCGAGUUAUACGUAAGCUGUUGGCUGAAAAAUUGGCUUGAAAAGUUACCUAGCGGUUAGCAUGUGUCACGUACCAAGUCACAUGACUCUUCGGUGUAUAAAACAUUUUUUAGCAUGCUAACAGUUAGCAAUAUGUCACAUACCAAGUUAUAUGACCCUGCAGUGUAUAGGGGCAAAAUUGGUCAAAAACGUUAGCAUGCUAAUUGUUAGCAUUAUAUGGUAAAAUGGGUUAAAAAAGUUUGCAAGUUAACGUUAGCGUUUAGCAUGCUAGCAGUUAGCAUGCGUCACGCACCAAGUUAUAUGAUUGAAGUGUAUGGCUGAAAAAUUGGGCCUACAAAGUUAGCAUGCUAACUGUAACGGUUACCAUGUGUCAGGUACCAAAUGAUAUGACUUUAAAGGUGUACGGCUGAAAAAUUGGUUAAAAAAAUUGGGUGUAGGGCUAAAAAGUUGCUUUGAAAAGUUAGCAUGUGUCACGUACUGCGGUGUUUGGUGUCAAAAUUGGUUAAAAACCUUAACAUGCUAAAUGUUACCAUUGUGUAACGUACUAAAUUAUAUGACUAGGGGGUAAAAUUGGCUAAAAAAGUUAGCAUAGUAAUCUUAGCGUGUUCGCAUGUAACAGUUAGCAUGUGUCACUUACCAAGUCAUAUGACUCUGCGGUGUAUGGCGGCAAAAUUGGUUAAAUACGUUAGCAUGUUUACUGUUAGCAUUAUGUAAUGAACCAAGUUUGACUCUGCGGUGUAUGGCGGUGAAAAUGGUUCAAAAUCUUAGCGUGCUAAUUGGUAGCAUUAUGUAAUGUUCCAAGUCAUACGACUCUGCGGUGUACGGCUGCAAAAUUGGCUAAAAACGUUAGCAUGCUUAUUGUUAGCAUUAUGCCAUGAACCAAGGCAUAUGACUCUGCGAUGUAUGGCGGUAAAAAUGUUAGCAUCUAACAGUUAGCAUGUGUCAUGUACCAAGGCAUACCACUCUGCGUCGUAUGGUGGCAACAUUUGUUCAAAAACGUUAGCAUGCUAACUAUUAGCGUUAUGUAACGUACCAGGUUGAAUGGCUGCUAUGUAUGGCGGUUAAAUUGGCUAAAAAGUUAGCAUGGUAACGUUAGCAUGUGUUACGUAUUAUGCUGGUAUUUGCUAGUAUUAUGGUGGUAUUUGCUAGUAUUACGGUGGUAUUUGCUAGUAUUAUGGGGGUAUUUGCUAGUAUUAUGGGGGUAUUUGCUAGUAUAAUGGUGGUAUUUGCUAGUAUAACGGUGGUAUUUGCUAGUUUUAUGGGGGUAUUUGCUAGUAUUAUGGGGGUAUUUGCUAG